GUAAUGUAGGAUUUAAGAAGCAGAGUGAGCGUAGUAAUAAUUGAAUGUAGCCGGGACUUUCGCUCGGGUUGUUUGUUGUGCCAUCCCCGUGGAUAUUGCGCUGCUGUUUGCCAGACAUAUGAAAACAAAUGAAAGAUACUGACUCCGGAACCUACUUUAGUGACUGAGCCAGAUUUCUACUUGUUUUAGGGACCACAUCACAUGAGCGUUUAAAUCCAGAGGAGUUGCUUAUGAGUCAAGAGAAAAUGCAGUCAGCCAUAGCCAUCCUCAAGCAAGCAUCUGGAAAUAAGGAAAAGGCUUGUCGAAUGCUUUUUGAAGCUGUGGACCAUGAACAGCUAAAAACUGAAUUUCAUGAACUUAUGCAGAGAUCCAACGAGGAAGCAAAAGCUAAAUGGAACUUUGACUUUGUCACUGAAACUCCUCUUGAAGGGCAAUAUGAUUGGGAGAAGGUAGAAGACAAAACCUUGAAUUGCAAUUCGCAGGAAAGUGAAAAAGAAAACCAGUGCCAAGAUGUAGCCGCAGAGAUGUGUAACAUUAACCAAUCCCAUAAAGCUUCCCAGAAUUGUGAAAGCAGCGAUUCAGGCAAAAGGAAACAAAAGCUGAUCACAGAUUUUUAUCCUGUCAAGCGGAGAUGUUCACCUAAACCCAGCCCCCGCGAUUGAUCACUAUGCUGUUUGUGAGGUCCUUUCUUUGGACCUGAACAAAUUUUCAUUUCUCAGUUUAAGGUGUCAGAACGCUGGAUUUUCAUGCUCUUAUACAAAACCUGGACUUUAAUGGACAUUACAUAGACUCCAGAGAACUUCAAAAUCCUCACAGAUUGUACCUCACUAUUACUUUAAUAAUUUAAACAACCGGAAGAAGAGAUAAGCAUUAGCUUUAGUGGUGUAUGUUUGCUGAGUUUCUAGUUGUUGCAAAAUACUUUUUUUGUAAUUCUAAAUAGUAAAACACUGCGGUUUUAUAGAUAUAUGUAUAUAAAUGAUACUAAGUUAAUGAAAAUGGCUAAUAUUUAGAAGUUUGCAACAGAUUUUGACAAGAUUCAGAGCAAUAUUCAGUAAUGCACUAAAAUGUUAGUCCAUGUGUGCAGGCCACUUUGCUUUAGCACUCAGCAUCAUACCUUGGGGCUUUUUAAAGGGGACCAUACACUGGAUAAUACUCUUCAGUAUCCUACCAAUCAGCCCUCUGGCUGAAUUGGCGGCUACCAUAUGAGUGGCCAUUUACAUGUAUGGCUGCCAUACUAGUGUUCCAUUUGUUUAAUUAAACAAUUGAAAUAGCAGGAAGUGAAGAGGAGCUACAAAUUUUCUUUACUCCUUCAUCUAUUGAUGCAUAUUGCAUCAGCAGAUGAACAGAUCAAUAUGUCAGAAUAAUAUAUCUGGGCAUGUAAAGCCAGCUUAACUGUGCUAACACUGAUAUCUUUAAAAUACUACCACCUGGAGGGUGGGUGGACAUCAUUUUCACGUCCAGUUGUUAAAUGUUUUUCUUGCACUUACAGAGUUAUUGUUUAUUAUAGCUAUAAACAAACACAGAAUAGGUUCUAAACACCUUAAGAUAUCCUAGAUUGGGCUGCUAAGAUACUGAUCCUGUGCCAUACCAACAAGAAGGCAUCCAAGUAUAAUGCUCUAGAACAGCAGUUCCCACACUAUAGGGCUGUCCCUCAUAGGGGGGCUGGAGCAAUGGAGCCAUUAACGGAAAGAUUUUAGAUAUUCUUGGAAUAAUGGCUGAGUUACUGAAAGCAAGGGUAUUUCCUAAUCUCUGUAACCUUGGUUUGGGAUAAGGGGAUCCCAGACCAUAUAUUGAACUUCAAAAGGCAACUUGAACUUAAUACCUAUGAAAACCAAUAGAAAGAAAUCAUUGUGGAAAAUUCUAAAUAUGUCUACAGAGUAAGGACAGAUUUUUUUGGACACCCCCUAGUAUACUAGUGUUAUUUAUUACACCUUUAACACUGAACAUUUUUAGAAGGAAAUGUAACAAUCAUGUCAUAAACCCUGCACAAUUAAGGUUUCCAGCAAUACAUCCUCUACUAAUCAGACUGGGAUAAUUGGCAAUAGCGUCGAGCUCAGUGUAGAAUGGAGCAAUAUCUGUUUAAGUUUUGUUUGGGGCAUGUGCUAAUAUAAGGGAAAGGGAUAUUUUUAUUUUAAAAUAUUUUAAUUUAUCUAUGUGUAUGUGUUAAAUUUGUUGAAUUGUUCUUAUUUUAUUAAUAUAUAAAGUUCCCUUAAAAUAUUGCCAAAAUGCUUGUAAAUCGCAUUUUUCAGAAAAGGGUGGAGCUGUUUUUCACCUAAAAAAGAACCAUGUCAUGUAGACUUUAGUAAUCAAAAUAGGUAAUAUAAUAGUGCCUGUUUGUAAGCAGCAGACCAAUAAAUACUUCCUGUUGCUUGGUUA